CCCUGCGCUUGACUGCACUGUGAAGUGCUUUUACCUCAGCUUCGCUUGGCACAGCGAACUCUGACAAGGCUGGGUUGUGUGCCUGUGUGUGUGGCUGCGUCAGCCUGACUCAUGGUCGACAUUUCGGAAGGGGAAUUUCGACAAGGCAUAUUUCAAACGAGAUGUAAAUGCUGUUGGAUUACAUGGCAGUUUAAAAGAGAGCUUGGGACAGAGAGAAAGAGAGGGAGGGAGGCAGAGAGAUCUGGUGUUUCUGUUUCCGGUUAGAUGUGGGAGUGUUGCCUUGUGACAGCGCAGUUCUAACUGGCGCUAAAUAAAAUUAAAAAAAAAUAAAUAAAUGAACACAAAAAAAAAAAAAAAAAAAAAUCCCAGCUUAGUCAGCAGAUCCCAGCUGCCAUCUUCCCUAAACUGGCCGGCUUCAGUUUGUUAUAAAGACAUUGUAACAGCACCUUAGUUCAGCGCUCAGUUCAGAUGCCUGCUUUUCAGUGAGAGAGCUUGUCACUGUGUCUAUGAAGCCAACGGGAACACAGGAGCAGUGCAGAGUGGCUUGCCUGUCGCCGUGGUAACUGCACUCCUUUCCAAGGCGAUAUGGCCGACCCCGUGUCUGACAGCCUGGAACCGUUGAGCCAGGAGUCUUUCCAGGAGCUCUGGAGUAUCAUUGGAACAAGAGGCGAUGAAAUCUGGGAGCAAAAUGUUAAUUUAUUCCCUGAGUUGGAGAGCCUGCAGAAUGAGGCGAUUUGCAGCAGCAGCAACGUGGAGGUGCUGUUCGAGAGUCCUGCCCCUGUGCAACAGCACCCCCUGCCUUCCGUCUCGGAGACCGCGACCACUGCCUCCACCGUCCCCUCCACCACGGACUACCCCGGGGAGCUGGGGUUCGAGCUGCGCUUCCAGCAGUCCAGCACAGCCAAGUCUGUCACCUGCACGUACUCUCCGAGCCUCAAUAAACUGUUCUGCCAGCUCGCCAAGACCUGCCCGGUCCAGAUGCACGUGAGCGCCCCUCCUCCCCCCGGCGCCGUGGUCCGAGCCACAGCCGUCUACAAGAAGUCGGAGCACGUGGCCGAGGUGGUGAAACGGUGCCCGCACCACGAGCGCACCCCCGAAAACAACGAAGGCCAUGUCCCGCCCGGACAUCUGAUCCGGAUCGAGGGGAACCAGCUGGCUCGGUACCAGGAGGACCAGCGGACCAGGAGGCAGAGCGUCCUCGUGCCUUACGAACCGCCCCAGCUGGGCUCGACGUGCACCACAGUGCUGUACAACUACAUGUGCAACAGCAGCUGCAUUGGUGGGAUGAAUCGUCGGCCCAUUCUCACCAUCAUUACCCUGGAGACCAGCGAUGGUCGGCUGUUGGGGCGUCGCUGUUUCGAGGUGCGCGUGUGCGCCUGUCCCGGUCGGGAUCUCAAGAGCGAUGAGGAGAACAGCCGCAAGCAGCUGGAGAAAGCCGGCAGCAAGGCCAGCGCAGGGGGCACCAAGCGCAGUUUUAAGGAGGUGAGCCUGCCUGCCCCCGGGUCGAGCAAGAGGAACAGGGCCAGCGCCGGUUCUGACGAGGACACCUUCACUCUGCAGGUCCACGGCAGGGAGCGUUACGAGAUGUUGAGACGCAUCAAUGAAAGCCUGGAGCUGAAAGACCUGGUUCCCCAGAGCGAACAGGAGAAGUACAGAGAGAGGCUGCAUAGAAACGGGAGCCGCAAGGAGAGAGGGGGCCUGGCGCCCAAGAGAGGGAAGAAGCUGCUUAUCAAGGAAGACAAGAGCAAUUCUGAUUAAACCACGCCCGCUAUGCAAAACGGGAGUUCUGCGCCGUGGGGGUGUGGCUGAGCUAAACCCCGCCCCUAACGGAAAACUGCCAGCUUUUUUUUUUUUUUAUAUAUAUAUGUAGUUUUUUAUACAGCCCUGUCCUCCUCUCCCUUUUAACUGGAUUCCAAUUGGUCCCAUUUUCAUCCGUUGUAACUUUUUUUUUUUUUUUUUUUAAUGAAAUGUCUUCAAAUGAC